CUGCGGCGUUCAUCGUCUAGCGUAUAGCGUAUAGCGCAUGGCCUGGAAAAGUCCGCUGGAGACUUGACAUGGGCCAUGCCAUUGCUAUCACGGACGACAAUCACCCACCACACGUUCCCCCGACGUCGUCAUGGCCAUGCGUGACCUGCCGCUGCGCACCGCCGUGGCCUUGGGAAACUCCGCCAGGCCCGCUAUCCGCGCCGCCCUCCCCGCCCUUGGCCGCAAUGCCUCGUCCCAAGCACUCGCAGAAAUUGAGGACGCAUCCUCCCUCCAGACGCCACCACCGCCAGCAGAUCUGGUCAAGAAUUUCGACCCGGUAGCGACGAGUCGGCUGCGGAGAAGGGGGAACAAGCAGCUGCCGCCUAGCAGGUACCAAUAUCGCUCGCCCAAGUACUAUCGCGGUCCACUCCACCCUCACCAGCCCCCGCCAGAGUCCGAUCCUGCAUCGCGACUCUUCCAGCCGGGGCCCUUCAGUCUGUCGCGCCUCGAGCAAACGUACCAGAGCAAAAUCGCCUCCGACCUGCUCACCCUCACAUACCAGCACUAUCCCCCAGGCUACCGGGCCCCCAAGACCGAACAGCGGUUGCGCGAAUGGACUGGCGACUCGCCCUACUUCAAGAAUCGCCCACUGCGGCCCCCGCGAGGCAAGGGUGAGGUCCUGCGCCUGCUCCAAGAACCCCGCACAUUCCGCAAUGUGCCCAAAAUCACAAAGGUCGUCGUACACUCCAUGGUACCAGAAGCCCAAGAGAACAGCGGAAAUUUGCAUGUUGCCGGUAUGGUGCUGCAGGCCAUUAGCAAUGUGCGAGCAGUUUCCCACAAGGCAAGGCACAACGUAGUCGGCUGGGGACUGCGUAAAGGCAGAUAUGUCGCAGUCACCUCUACCAUGGAACGGGAAGACGCAGACAAUUUUUUGGCCAAACUGAUCGACGUGGUACUGCCGAGGAUCAAGGAAUGGAAGGGCGUGCCCGGUUCAUCUGGUGACGGACACGGCAAUAUGAGCUUUGGUCUUACCCCGGACCAAGUUGCCCUCUUUCCCGAGAUCGAGGUCAACUAUGACGCUUAUCCUCCCAAGAUGAUUCCUGGUUGCCAUAUUACCAUCCAAACCGAUGCCACCAGCAACAAGGACGCCCGUCUCCUUCUUCAAGCCAUUGGUAUUCCGUUUUACGGAAAACUUAACGACUAGAUGCAAGUAUAUUCCCGGCCGUGUACAAGACAUGUAGUAAAUGUAAAAUACAGCCAUGCUGGCUGCCGCACAAAAUCCGCUGCGCAAUCCUCUUGACUACUAUGAUAGGACAGGCUUCCGUUCGAGUCUCCUACAUACUGGGCAUUCGAAAAGUGACCAGUCUAUCACGAUUCUUUCUUCCUAGCCAAUUUGAAAAGCUGAUUGCAAGAGAACAUUGAUCCGGCCAUCGCGCACGGAUUCUGAACAACUUGAGAUGUGAUACCUGAAGCGUUACAGCGCAAUUCGUGGACGCUUGAC